AUGAAUGCAGACGAGAUCACAUUCGUAAGUAUAUUAAUUAACGAGUUUAAGGCUAAUAAUUAUUCUGAAACAAUAUUUUAAGAUCGAUAAUUAAGAUUUGCAUAUCAUUCACCAUUAAGAUCAUAAUCUCAAUUUUGUGUUCAAAAGAGUAGAUCUCAAUAUGUACCUAAUGUAUCGAGUGUUGCAAGAGUUAGAAUAAUGAGUAAAUUGGAAAUGUUAGAUUCCUUAAAUAAGGUACAAACAGCAAAAUUAUGUAAGUGAAAUAUCGUUAAAUUUGAGCUCAAAAAUGAUCCUC